CCUGGCAGGAAUUUCUUGCGCGAGGUUCUGUUUGCUGGCGGCGCCGAGAGUCCUUACGCCAAGGCGAUGAGGGGACGGGUCACCCUGUCCCAGCUCUUUUGGGAGAUGGAAGAGGGCUGCAGGCAGCACGCCUCCGCCUCGGGCAUCGCCCUGCCGCCCACCUUCUCCGUCGCCCGAGCCUUCGAGGAGAUGGCGGCCAAGGGGACGGUCAAUGCCCCCCUUCUGCAGGCAGCGAGGGUGCUGCGGAGGAACGGAUUUAAGACCUGCGUCCUCACCAACAACUGGGUGGAUGACAGCACGGGGCGGCUCUUCACGGCCACGUUGAUGAACCUGCUGCGCCGCCACUUCGACCUGGUGCUCGAGUCCUGCCGCCUGGGAGUGUGCAAGCCGGACCCCGAGAUCUACGCCUACGCCCUGGCUGCGCUGCAGGCAAAGCCGCAGGAGGCCAUCCUCCUGGACGACAUCGGGGAGAACUUGAAGCCGGCCCAGGAGAUGGGCAUGGCCACUGUCCUCGUCAGGGACACCGAAAGCGUCCUGAAAGAGCUGGAGGAGCUCUCAGGUGUCCAGCUUCUCACCCAAGAAGAGCCCCUGCCGACGGCCUGCAAUCCAGCCAACGUGACCCACGGAUACGUGCCCAUCCGGCCCGGCGUCCAGCUGCACUUCGUGGAAAUGGGGCACGGCCCCAUCGUCUGCCUCUGCCACGGCUUCCCCGAGUCCUGGCUCUCCUGGCGCUACCAGAUCCCAGCUUUGGCUGAUGCUGGCUUCAGGGUGAUCGCUCUGGAGAUGAAGGGCUACGGGGAGUCCACGGCCCCGCCGGACAUAAAAGAAUAUUCCCAGGAGCAGAUAUGCAAGGACCUGGUGGUGUUUCUGGACAAACUGGGCAUCACGCAGACCGUGCUGGUGGGCCACGACUGGGGCGGUGCCGUGGUCUGGAACAUGGCUCUUUUCUACCCCGAGAGGGUGAGAGCCGUGGCCUCGCUGAACACCCCGUACCGCCCCGCCGACCCCGCUGUGGACAUCGUGGAGAAGAUGAAAACCUACCCCACCUUUGACUACCAGUUCUACUUCCAGGAGCCCGGCGUCGCAGAGGCGGAGCUCGAGAAGGACAUUGGCCGCACCCUGAAGGUCCUGAUCCGCUCCACGCGCCAGGGAGUAGGUGUGGGGCUGAGGGGGGACCUGGGGUGGGAGCAGAGGGGCUUCACAGCCUGCCCGUGGCCAGCCCAGCCCGAUGUCCUCUCCAAGCCCGGCCAGCCCCGUUGGAGCUCUACCUGUGGCACCCUCUCCCUUGCCACCUCACCCAUGCCAGGAGCCAAAAGCUCCAGGAAUGGCUUUGCGGUCGCCCACAGUGACCCCCAGGCAUGCCACACCCCAUGUCUGCCGUCCCUUUGCUGCCUGGCUGCUGUAAAGUCAGCAUUCCGUCAGCCAUCAGUAGGGACCAGAGUGAACGCAUCCUUGCGUGCAGUGGCGCAGGGCCUGCGCCUCUUUAGGACUCAAAGCUCUUCCCAUGCCGGCUGUGCCGUGGGCAGUGGGAUGGUCCCUGCGGUGGUGACGGCCGGAGCUGGGUCCCAGCAUCUCCACCCCGUUCCCCUCUCUCCCAGUGGCCCCUUGAACUGGUACCGCAACAUACGACCCAACUGGCGCUGGGCACUCUCUGCCAAGGACAGGAAGAUCAUGAUGCCAGCGCUGAUGGUCACGGCCGGGAAGGAUGCGGUGCUGCAUCCCAGCAUGAGCAGGGGCAUGGAGGAGUGGAUCCCGCAGCUGCGCCGGGAGCACCUCGAGGAGUGCGGGCACUGGACGCAGAUGGAGAGGCCGGCGGCGCUGAACAGGAUCCUGCUGGAGUGGCUGGAGGGGCUCCCCCCCGACACCCCCUUGCCCAAGAUCUCCAGGCUGUGAGCGGGGCUGGCCCUGCCCCGGGCCCUCCCUCCUCCCCAGGGUGAUAUUUGCCUUUUACAGUUUGAUUUUUGCCUUUAGGGGGUGAUUUUUGUUACCUUUAGGUCUCUGCUCUCAUGGGACGAGGGGCACCGGCCUCAAGUUGUGCCAGGGCAGGGUGA